AUGGUCAUAUACGGGAGAAAUGAGGAGGAUGGUUGUCUCAAGAUCGCAGAGAAAGAUGGCUUCACUUCACCCAAUCAUGCCACAACGACGACCGACUCUUCUGCUCAACCUGACACAAAUAACUUCACCGCACCCCUGCACCGGAAACUCAAGUCCCGACACCUGCAGAUGAUCGCCAUCGGAGGUAUUAUCGGGCCGGGUCUGUUAGUCGGUUCAGGCAACGCAUUGCACCUAGGUGGUCCGGCCGGAAUUUUGAUCAGCUUCUCACUUGUUGGAAUCAUUAUCUUCUUUGUCAUGCAAUCACUUGGGGAACUAGCAACCGCAAUCCCCGUUACUGGGUCGUUUACUGAAUAUUCAUCUCGAUUCGUUGACGAUUCUCUGGGUUUUGCCCUGGGAUGGGCAUACUGGUAUCUUUGGGUCACGGUCCUGGCAAAUGAAUACAAUGCCUUAUCCCUUGUCAUGGGAUUCUGGACGGAUGUUGUUCCUCAAUGGGCAUGGAUUAGCAUAUUCUGGGUCAUAUUUCUUGCCAUGUCGAACUUGGGAGUAUUGGCUUACGGGGAGGUUGAAUUCUGGCUGUCGUUUUCAGGGGGUAUCGGAAAUCGCAUUAUUGGGUUUAAGUACUGGAAAGAUCCCGGUGCAUUUGCAGAUUCCAUAAACGGUGUAGCCCGUACCUUUGUCAUUGCUGGGACUCUAUAUGCAGGCACCGAAAUGGUUGGCGUCACUUCCGGCGAAUCAAGAAUGAUGUUUUUCAUCGGCAUACUGAUACCUUACAAUGAUGAACUCCUCGUGUCAGCUAAGUCAAAAACUGGCAAAUCACCCCUGACUAUAGCUUUGCAGGAUGCCAAUAUUGCCCCGGGAGCACACCUCAUCAACGCGCUAAUAGUGGUCUCGGAAAAAGCACCAGCUCUCCUUGGGAUCACGAACAAAAUGGGUGUACCCUGGGUUGCCCUUUUGUUUUCCAACGCUCUUGCAUGCAUUGCAUUCAUAUCAGUAUCGUCAAGCGCUGGAAAGCUAUAUGAAGCUCUGAUUACCCUCUCUGGUGUCGCGUCCUUUAUUGUCUGGACCGCAAUUGGAAUUACACACAUCCGCUUUCGCAAAGCACUUGCAGCACAGGGCGAGGACCCAUCUACACUCCCAUUUAAAGCAGCGUUCUACCCAUAUGGCACCUACAUAUCUGUCGCAGCCAACGUAUUUCUCUUGUUUUUCCAAGGGUACCCAGCGUUCCUCAACCCGUUCAGCGCAGAGGAUUUUGUAAUUAACUACAUCUUACUCCCGGUGUUCGUUGGCUUCGUCGUGUUCUGGAAGUUUUACAAGAAGACAAAGUGGGUCAAGGUUGAGGAAAUGGAUAUCUGGAGCGGCAGGAGGGAUUACGGGGAAGCCGAAUUGGCCAUUAAGAGAAAAGCGCUGUUGACCAGGGUGAAGAAUGUGGUUGUAGGCUGA